UGCAGGAGUAGUAGGAGGUUAACGUGACUGUGAGAGCUGUACUUUAAAACAGCACGGCGGGCCAAACUCACACACUCAGACACACUCACAGCUGAGAAAUCACACUGAAACAUAAGGUCAAUCCCUCUGGAUUUCUAUAUGGAUCUGGGACUGUAAACUAUUUCAAGAGGGAAAUAUCAGAGACAGAUUUCAAUUUGGUGUAGGACUGUAAAGGAAGGUACCUGGACUCACAGUGGAGAUGGACACAGGCCCGUUGGCAUCAGUGGCCGAGGGCUCUCCAGAAGGGGAGACGGUGUGUGCCGCCUUGGCCCGCUAUGAAACCACAUUGCAGGAUGCGGUGCGUGAGAUCCACGUGGACGUCAGUGCUUUCAAGCUGGGCAUCGAGCGGAGACUAGAAGAGGCCAUUAAUGUGAGCGGACCUCUGGGCCGGGCCGUGGCACAGCUGCAGCAGGAGAACCGGCAGCUCAGGGGUCAGUUAGAGGCCCUGACCCGACAGGUAGAGAUGCUGACGGGGUCGGUGUGCGACAGAAGCGCACUUCUCACUGAAGGAUCGGCACCACCACAGAGCAACAGCAGCACCGUGGGGCAUCAGUCUCCACCGUCUGCGGCCCCCAGCGUAGCAGCUCUGACCGGCUCUGCCUCCAGCCCCACCGCCACACGCUUCUCCAGCAGAGCCACCUUCUCCGUCACCAGCAAAACUAAUGUGAGUAGACAUUUGCGAGAAUGUGUGUUUAAAUGGAAGCAUGAGCUCGAAUGA